AAAAGGCAGGAAAAAAUCCAUCAGCAAAAACCAGAAGAUAUCGGUCAAAGUAAUGAUGAAGUCGAAAACAUCAAUCCUCCACAUAUGGAAUGUUUGGAAAGUUCAACGGAAAUUAUUGUCCCGCCAUCAUCAUCAGGAGCAGAUCCAAACAGUAUUGAAUUGACUCCCAAACUAUCAGACAUAAACAGGGAACAAGAUGAAGAAAAACUUGAAGUUCAUGUACCGCUUGACUUAGAAUGUGACCAGAGCAAUGGAAAGGAAGAAACUGGCAGAUAUGAAGAAAAAAGUGCGAUAAAUGAACCACCACGAGAAGAUCCAGAUAAAAUAAAAUUGACGCAAAAAACAUCAGACACAAACAGUGGCGAAAAUAAAGACAAACGACGCGAGAAACAUGAAAACGAGGCAGCGAUUGAGUUAGAAUGUGAUCAGGACGAUGAGGCUGAUACAACAGAAAAAUGUGAAGACAAACUUGUUUCAACUGCUCAAGUUCCACGCCAGGGCAACGAAGAUAACCAUUCCAAAGAACUGAAAAAUGCUCCUACAAAUAACGUAGAUUUUGCGGUUCAGCUUAGCUCUAAUGAAACUCUUCAGGUCCAAACAGGAACCGAUCUAGACAACAUUGCAUGGACUCCUAAAGCAUCAAAUGUCAACAAACGUGAAGAUAAGAAGAAGCAAAGCAGCGGAGAACCAAAAGGCGCAUACUGCCAAGACAAAGACACAGGAAAAACUAAAGAAAUUGCAAACAUGCAGCCUGAUAUGGGACGAAAAUCACCUACAAUGAGCAACCAUUCUUCAGAGGUAAAAGAUAGAGAUGAAAUGAUUGAAACAGAAAGUAAAGACCCAAGUACCGAAAUGGUGUAUGAGGCGCUGGAGAAACUGUUGAAACCUUUAAUUACGGGGAUUGAAAGUAAUCCGUAUACAAUUAGUCGACUUAAAUUCGUUAUUAGCGUUAUAGAAAGUGCUCACGAAACAAUUAAUUCACAGUCUUCCAAUGCGUACAAUGUUAAGGAUUGUGAGGAUAAUAGAAGUGUCUUAACCAAUUUAAUUAUGACCAUAGAGGAUAAAUGUAGAAAAGAAAAUUGGGAAAGCUUCUCAAGUCUCAACGAUGACCUGGCACUACUGGAACAUAUUGUUUUCCAACUUAUCGAUGCUCAAUAUUUAGCGAAUUCACCAGAAACUUUAAAACUUCAUGCGAGAUUAUAUGUAACCAUAAUUGACUUUAUUCGCGCCUUUCUACAAGACGUUCUAAAACCAGAAGAAUGCCAUAAAUCUGAAUUGCCUUCCAGUGAAGUCACUAAAGGUGAGUCUGCUGAGUAUUUGAAAGAAAAUGAGUGGAAAGCCACUGAGGAGGUGGCUUCAAAUGAACAACUUGAUAAAAGGCAGGAAAAAAUCCAUCAGCAAAAACCAGAAGUUAUCGGUCAAACUAAAGAUGAAGUCGAAAACAUCAAUCCUCCACAUAUGGAGUGUUUGGAAAGUUCAGCGGAAAUCAUUGUCCCGCCAUCAUCAUCCGGAGCAGAUCCAAACAGUAUUGAAUUGACUCCUAAACUAUCAGACAUAGACAGGGAACAAGAUGAAGAAAAACUUGAAGUUCAUGUACCGCUUGACUUAGAAUGUGACCAGAGCAACGCAAAUGAAGAAACUGGCAGAUAUGAAGAAAAAAGUGCGAUAAAUGAACCACCACGAGAAGAUCCACAAAUAAUAAAAUUGACACAAAACACAUCAGACACAAACAGUGGGGAAAAUAAAGACAAGCGACGCGAGAAACAUGAAAACGAGGCAGCGAUUGAGUUAGAAUGUGAUCAGGACGAUGAGGCUGAUGCAACAGAAAAAUGUGAAGACAAACUUGUUUCAACUGCUCAAGUUCCACGCCAGGGCAACGAAGAUAAUCAUUCCAGAGAACUGAAAAAUACACCUACAAAGAGCGUAGAUUUUGCGGUUCAGCUUAGCUCUAAUGAAACUCUUCAGGUCCAAACAGGAACCGAUCUAGACAACAUUGCAUGGACUCCCAGAGCAUCAAAUGUCGAUGAACAAAAACCAGAAGUUAUCGGUCAAACUAAUGAUGAAGUCGAAAAAAUCAAUCCUCCACAUAUGGAAUGUUUGGAAAGUUCAACCGAAAUCACCGUUCCGCCGUCGAUAAAGGCCGCAACAAACAAUAAAGGAAAAAGUGCAGAAGUUAAACACAAAUUCUCCGAUGAUUUAGAGAAUUUGGCCAUUCCUCCAGUCCCUGCUGAAUCAAAUGAGUUGCUGAUGGAUAAUACAAGUGACAAUGAUGCAUGGCAAAGUCUUUCAAGUAGGUUAACUCAAGCCCUCGCUGAGGACGACGCCCAGUAUUCAGCAGCACCUAAACAACAUAGAACAGAAAACUGGGAAGAUAAAGCCGACGUUUUUCCUGAACACUUGAAGGCCAUAGAAGCAAAUAAAAUUGAGUUUGAAACAUCGACAUAUCUUUUAUCGGCUGAAGCGCAGUGCGUGGCUACAAUGCUUGACGAUUCAAAAUGCAAAAACGGGUUUGAUUUACUUCUUGGAUCUUAUAUUGAACAUGACGAAGAGAAUAUGAGCAAUUUGAACACCCGUUUGUGCGAUAUAAAUGUUGGAGAGAACUACAGGCACUUAACACGCGACAAUCUGCAUGAAAGCAUAGAUUUGGGUAUUGAUAAUAACGGUGAUUUAAAGGAAGCUGAAAUAAGUGGAAACAAGUUCAAUGGGUCAUCAAAGGAACCUGCAAAUGAUUUGCAUCAGGAUUUAUCCACUCUUCCCCUUAACAAGACAGACAAUUUGGGAAAUUUGAAGAAAGUCGAGGCUCAAGACGCCAGUCAAAAGGGUGCUGAUGCUGUGGCAGGAAAAUGUGGGGAAUCUGGACCAGCUGGCAAACCCAAAAAGUUGUCCAAACAGCACAUGAGGAGUAUGGAAAAAUGCGCCAGAUAUGUGUAUGACGUUUCGUUACGAUCAGAACAAGAAUCCGAUCACGAUAAUGAUGGCGCAAUACCGAUUCUUGACAAGGACAGUCUUGCAAUAGUAACCGAGUCCAAAAUCUCUCCCGAGGACAAUUUAGUUAUCGAUCCGAUGAUGUGUAACGCGGAUAUUUUCAGAGACGAUAAACAUUUCUACAAACUUUAUGCUCGUAUCCCCAAUAAUACUUACAACGACAAUAUUUCCAGUAUGUGGAUGUCCACUAUUAAAGGUUACAAAACUCUUGACGAUUUGUUGCAAUUGCAUCAAAUUGGACAAAUCACAAGUAGAAUACUAUCAACAGAACAUAGCGAUCAUUUUGUCUUCUCCUGCUUGAAGCAGCAAAUAGAGCCGAUUAAAAACUUCCCUAGACAGUCAGGUAUCAAAGAAUACGAUUGUAUUGAUCUACAAGCUGCUUUGGAGCUAUGUAACAAAAAUCUACAUGAAAUCAAACAAGACAUUGAUGAAUGAGAUCGUAGAACGAAAAACUGAUCUUGUUCAAACAUAUUUACCUAACUUUCAUAUUCAGUUAAAUAACGGCAAAAAAUGUCACAAUUGACCACAUAAUCUGUAGGUUUGCAUGUGCUUCUAGCACUGAUUUUUUUUAGAACAUUGACUACUGAUAUUCUGACAAUACAGAAGAAAGUUCGCUAGUAACAGAAGUGCUUAAAACAACAAAUUAUUGUAGUUUGACUGUUGUUGUUAAUAUCCAUGUUUCACACUUGUAGAAAUAAUUCAAGUCAUCAAAAUCAUAUAAAAAUUAUGUUUUAUUAUGUUCAUUUAAUGCGAUUAGUGGUUCGUUCAGGGGCUGUUGUAAUCAAGAUAUUAAAUACAUUUUUGCGAAAUUCCAGCAGAAAACCGAGAAUAAUAGAAAUCUAUUUUCUUGCCUUUUGCUGUUUGCAAUGCGUAUUUUAUUAUCUUCGACAUUUUAACUGUUCUAUGCAUUAACUAUGUGUACACUAGUCUUUAUAGCAAUAUUAUAAUAUUAUUAAUGUCAUAUCUUGUUUAAUAAGUUUAUAUUAAUUCAAAAUGAAUGUGUGUGUGUGUGUACAUACAUUAUCGGACAAGAAAAGGAACAAUUUUCGGCUAAAUUCUGACUGAGAUGAUUUGGACUCAUAAAAUCAUGCUUGUAUAAUUAGGAUAUCGUGAUUUGCAUAGGUUUUUGCGAAAUGUUGCUUUACGCGUCCGAUAGUGUAGGACCGAUGAUAAACCAAUACGGACUUCGUUUCAAUUGUGUAUUGAAUCCGUAAAUUAUCCACAGUGAAACACCAAGUUUUCACAUUAAGCAAUCGAAUUGGUUAUUAGUUGUAACGAAACUAUGUCUUUGAAUAAAGAAUUUUACACA